AUGGAGAGCCUCUCCAAUAGCGUCUCCAAGAUACAGAACUCACUUCAAUCUGCUAGGGAGCGACUCAAUGCCCUUGAUGUCAGUUCAAAGAAUAGCGUCGCUACCGAGGUCGCCGCUGUUCGUUCCUCUCUUCAGAAGAGUCUGAUCCAAAUUCAGCAAACCAAAGUACAGAUGAGCUCAUACCUCAUAUUGCUCGAAGAUGCUGAAAAUCCUGAAACAACCAUUGACAUUGCCCCUCAGAUUUCUUGUCUGGGCAGAUCUCUCAAUGGCAUUGUUGCUUCUCUAGGCCAAGCUCAGGCGUCAGCAGACAGCGCGCUGCAGUGCACCAUGGACUGCACUUACCGCGUGAUGGACGUCGAACGGGAUGUUGAGGCCCAGGAUGAUCUGCUGGACGAAUGCCAGUCGCAAGCAAAAGGACUCGCUAGCCAGGCGGAGAGCUCGCUGAGCUCCAGUGAAACAAUCCUGGCGCAGACACAAACGAAGGCUAGGGCUAAGGAAGAGGAAAUCCGCAUCAAGACUAGCCAGGCGACUGAGAAGAGGACCAGAAAAGAACAGCUUGAUCGUGAGAUUUCGCAAAAGAAUGGUCAAAUUGCAGAGACACACAGACGACGUGAAAGCAAAAAGGAAUCAGCAGGCGUAGGACUGUUAUUGACCGGCAUCGGCCUCAUGGCUGCACCUUUCACUGCAGGGGCAUCUCUCGGACUGGCAGCAGCUGGAGCUGGGUUUGCAGGCUACAAGGGAAUUCGUGUAUCGGAUCUGAAAGACGAGAUUGUCGCCCUUCAAUCCAACGUGUCCACCUUGAACAGCGAAAUAUCCCAAGACCAGCAAGCAAUCGCGAACCUCGAGGCGGAGCAGCGCAACUUGCAAGUCCUAGUCUCGCGGUACCAGCGCGAUAUCUCAUCACGUAGAUCGACGCAUCAACUCUACCAAAAGCAAAUCUUGGAGGCUAACCAGGUAGAGAAUGAGAUCACAACGCUCAAGGGUGUCGCAGAAGCUACCAUCUCCAACAUCAAUGAUGUCAACUCCAAACUGCAAGAUCUAAAAGAGUGCCUGGACGAAUGCAGCUCCCUCAUACAGGCUAAAUCAGUUGACCUAUCGACCUCAGCGUCUUCUGUUGAUUGGAUCAUUGGCGCAGUUGGUAGAUACACUACAAUCUGGCGUGCAAAUGAAUUUGAAAGGCAGAAAAAGGUUAUGCAUCUGGUUGCUGAGGCGCUGGAGAGGAUUGAACAGGAAGGCUUACUGCUACUAUCAAGCCAGAAGAUGGCGUUCCUAGAUAUAAAGCCUUGUGCUGCUGGAUAA